GGCCGGGCGGGCGCCAUGCGGAGGGGCGAGCGCAGAGGCGCCGGGGGCCCGCGGCCGGGGUCCCCGGUGCCCGCGGGCAAGGCCUCGCUGGAGGAGCCGCCGGACGGGGCGGCCGCGGGCGGAGCGAGCGGGCGGGGCGCGGGCCGCCGCAGCACGGAGUCCGAGGUCUACGACGACGGCACCAACACCUUCUUCUGGCGGGCUCACACCCUCUCCGUGCUCUUCAUCCUCACCUGCGCGCUCGGCUACGUGACUCUGCUGGAGGAGACCCCUCAGGACACGGCCUACAACACCAAGAGAGGUAUUGUGGCCAGUAUUUUGGUUUUCUUAUGUUUUGGAGUCACACAAGCUAAAGACGGGCCGUUUUCCAGACCUCAUCCAGCGUACUGGAGGUUCUGGCUGUGCGUCAGCGUGGUCUACGAGCUGUUCCUCAUCUUCAUACUCUUCCAGACUGUCCAGGACGGCCGCCAGUUUCUGAAGUACGUGGACCCUAGGCUGGGGGUCCCACUGCCCGAGAGGGACUACGGGGGAAACUGCCUCAUCUAUGACCCACACAACAAGAGCGACCCCUUCCACAACGUCUGGGACAAGCUGGAUGGCUUUGUACCGGCGCACUUCCUUGGCUGGUACCUGAAGACCCUGAUGAUCCGUGACUGGUGGAUGUGCACCAUCGUGAGCGUCAUGUUCGAGUUCCUCGAGUACAGCCUGGAGCACCAGCUGCCCAACUUCAGCGAGUGCUGGUGGGAUCACUGGAUCAUGGACGUGCUCGUCUGCAACGGGCUGGGCAUCUACUGUGGCAUGAAGACCCUCGAGUGGCUGUCUCUGAAGACGUACAAGUGGCAGGGCCUCUGGAACAUUCCGACCUACAAGGGGAAGAUGAAGAGGAUCGCCUUCCAGUUCACGCCCUACAGCUGGGUCCGCUUCGAGUGGAAGCCGGCCUCCAGCCUGCGGCGCUGGCUGGCCGUGUGCGGCAUCAUCCUGGUGUUUCUGUUGGCAGAACUGAACACGUUCUACCUGAAGUUCGUGCUCUGGCUGCCCCCCGAGCACUCCCUCGUCCUUCUGCGGCUUGUGUUCUUCGUGAACGUGGGCGGCGUGGCCAUGCGGGAGAUCUACGACUUCAUGGACGACCCGAAGCCCCACAAGAAGCUGGGCCAGCAGGCCUGGCUGGUGGCGGCCAUCACGGCCACGGAGCUGCUCAUCGUCGUCAAGUACGACCCGCACACCCUCACGCUGUCCCUGCCCUUCUACAUCUCGCAGUGCUGGACGCUCGGCUCCGUGCUCGUGCUCACCUGGACCGUCUGGCGCUUCUUCUUGCGGGACAUCACCCUGAGGUAUAAGGAGACGCGGCGUCGGCAGCAGAGCAGGGGCGGCCAGAGCACGGCCGCGGGCCACGGGGACGGACACCUGCCUGAGCCCGAAGACCUCCCGGGGCCCACGGAACCGGAGAGCGAGGGGGUGCCGGCCCCAGACUGAUGUAGCUCCCGGCCACCAAGAGCCCCUCGGCCCGUGGGGUCAGACCCUCCUUUUUCCCGUGCGCAUAGUGGGGCCCUGCGGGGCGGGGCGGAAGGUGGCCUGUCCCCAAUGUGCGCGUGUGUGAACGCGGCGUGGAGGGGUGUGGGCACGUGGGCUGCGUGUUGCUGGGGCUGCUCUGGGGUGACGAGUGUGGCUGGGCUGGCCCUGGGCAGUGGUUUCCUCCCCCCAGAUCACAGGCAUAGCUGGGCCUUUCUCUGCUCUCUGGGCGUCCAUGCCGGCCCCCCCAAGGCCCCAGCUGCAUCUCACGGGGAGUGUGGACACCCCGAUGGCUGAGAAGGGGCAGGUCUGAGCUAUCACCCAGGGAGGUUUUGUCUGAUCCCACAGACAGCUGGGCACGGGGCUAGGGGUCAUGGGACUGGUCCCCCGAGGAAAGAGAGUCAAAGGCCCUGCGUCUGAGUGGCGAGGAGGGCGUGGGCGUCUUCAUGAGCAAACAGAAGAAGUGCACCAGUGCCGGAGGCCUGCGGCCCUGAGUCCUCCUCACCAGCCCCCAGCCACAGCCCCGUCCUGCCCUCAACACAGGGGUUGCCCAGGGUGACAGGGGAGCGGGUGGGCGGGGCCACUGCUGCAUCUGUACUGAGCCGGCCAGGCCAGUGGGAGGGAGGCAGCCGCCCCAGGCACGGUGCGUGGUGCGUGCUUGCUGCGGGACAGCCCAGGUGGAAACACACUGACGACCCAGGCCUGGUGGGGGCCCCACAGAAAAGACAACACUCCUCCUGCCAAAAAAAGUGCUUUAAUAAAGUGUCUAGAACUUUCUUGCA